CUCCUUCUCCGGUUUCAAAAACUUCAAAUCCCUCCCCGACACCCCGAACCGUGUUGUCGUUCGCCCACUCGGGAAAAUUAGGGUUCCGAAGCGCGCCCUUUUCGACCCAGAUCGGGCCGACCCAGGGCGGCGAUGACGACGAUGGAGCACCUUUUCAUGCAGAUCUUCGACCGGAAGGCCUGGAUCGAGGGCCAAAUGCGGCAGCAGGCCGGGUCGUACGGCCAAUCCCUCGCUUACAACCUUCUCGCCGACGGCGGAAGGCCUCCACCCUGGCUCUGGAACGCGGGGUUGGACGCGCCUGGCUGCGCUGCCCCGGGAGAGUUGAGCAAGGAGCAGCUUAUUGAAGAGAUUUUAUUCCCUGUUCCAUGGGCUACAACUCCUUCGACAAAUCACAACACUCUCUAUACCCUUCCUGCUUUCAAGAGUACCAACAUGUCCCAGUACAGUAGCUAUAUAAGUGACAUUUGCAUUCCUAGUGAACAAAUUUAUCCUGAGCACACUUGUGGAACAAUAACUAAUGGUCACCGCAAAGAUGACAAAGGAGAUUAUGACAUGAUAAGCUCCAAAGUUGUCGAGGAUUCAAGUGUUUUUGACCUGCUUGCAAAUGCUCAAUGCUACAGGUCAAGACAAAGGAACCUUGAGAAUCAUCCUAAUGAAAAGUCAAAUGCAGAAAACUUUAGGGAUGGGAGUAUUGCAGAACAAUCAUUGGCUUGUAAUAAAGUUGGUGAUGGAGCUGUUCCAUCUAGAAUGACUACUAAAAAAGUUGAUUGCCUUGGCAACAUAUCAGAACCAUCAAGUCAUUCAGAGUUGAUAAAUAAUAAAGCAACUGCAAAUCGAGCAAUUCUAAGGCUAACCAUGUCACAGAAAGCAGACAAUCUUGUUGUCAGCACUGCUCAUGAUGCUUCUGUCCUGGGAUGUUAUACUGGGGCUGUAGGAAAGGAGUGUGCUCCAGACGGUUCCAAUUUCAUUGAUCCUGGAUUAAGGACAACACCCUCUGCAUCAUCAAGGCUUUCUCACGACCAGUCUUUGGUUGUUAUGAAGAAAAUUAGUUUUGAUGGUAUUGAAGUUUGCAGUCCUGAUGGAAAUCCUUAUGAUUCAUUUUCUCAAAUAGAAAAUCUUUGUUGUUCUUCAGAGGAUGCCUUUAAGAAGUUUCAGUCAGUAAGAUUGUCAAUAGAGGAUUCUCUUUGCAAAGAUCCUGUGCCUAGCUCUGGCACAGUUCAACCCGAGGAAGACACCUUGCAUGCUAAAGUUAUAAAAAGUGCAGAGGCAGGUGUUAGUGAUUCAACUGCAAAGGAAAGAAUAGAAUUUGAAUGUUAUCUGCCCUCUGCUUCAUACAAUAUGCUUCAUAAAAAACUUCGGAAUGGGGAAACUAAUAGUUCGAGCUUGAGCAGUGCACCAAGUCAUACAUCUUGUACCUCAAUGUUAAGAUCUUGUUUGUACUCUUCAGGUAUUCAAGGAAGUCUAUCAGGAAACCUGAUAGAACAGUCAGAGAAGCAGCAAAGUGGUGAAACUAAGACAAGCAGACAGGCAAGCAUUGCAUCCACCAAGCGACCUCGGACAAUUUCUUAUGUCAAACCCAUGCCUGAUUUAUCUGAGAACAUUAAGCCUUGUGAUAUUACUAAGGAUAGUAUCACUUCAGAAAGAGAGACUACGGGCCAUCAUGCUGAGGUUUCUUUUUCAGAAUCUCUUCAGUAUACUAAAGAUGAAGAAUCACACAGAAAUUCUAAAAGCAUGCUUAUUUCAUCAGGGAAAAAGCAGCUUCAACUGGACAACAUCGUGCCUGCUGCGGAAGUUAUGAGAGAGGAAUAUACAAAGGAUAGUGGUAAAAGUCAUGUGGAGGGAAGAUAUGAGUUACUUAACAUGGUGGAAACAGUGAAGUCUAAACUAUGUGGAGAGAUAUCUUCACAUGUUUCUGCCAUGGAACCAUUGGAGAUGGAAUUCACAACUGAUUCUUGUAAGGAACAGCCAUAUGGAAGCUUAGCGGUGCACAAAAUGAAAGGGAUUUUUAAGGGGAAACUCAUAGAAAGAUCAGUUUGCAACCUAGAUCAACUGACACAUGAUGUUCAAAUUGGUAUUUCUGUGUCACGGACAGGUAAUAUUUGCCUAGAAACUGAAGAAGCUGAAUUUGUUACGGUUUCUGGGUCCACAUUGAAUGUAGACACUACUGAAAGUGAUUCUGCAGGAUUAGGGAGUCAACUUUUAAGAAGUUCAGCUGGAAUUUUUGAUGAUUCUGGAUCUGAUGGUAUGGAACCACUUUGUUCAGAAGAUCAUCACAUGGCUUUGUCGGCUAAAGAAAGUGUUUUCUAUACCACAAAUAGAGAUGUCUCUGAGGAGAUCCUCAUUGAGAAAUCACCAGAUGUUGCUGAAAUGGAGAAUAAGCUAACAAAGUCUAUAAGGAGCUCUAUUAGGACUAUACAGGAUGUCAAUCUUUAUGAGGAGAAUGCUUAUAUUUCACCUUCUCUAGGGAAAACUCUGGUAUCAGAAACCAAGAAGGAUGAGAACUGUGAAAGUGUAAUGGACACUAAAGAAAAAACCAUCGAUCAGCUACCAUACAAUGACAGUAAUCAGAAUCAUUCAUCGGGACCUCAAUACCUAACAAGAAACUUGAAGAGGCAUGGAAAGACUUUUUGUUAUUCAGAACUAAAUAGGACAAGUAAUGAAACUAGUUCAAAACAAUUAAGAAGAUUAAUGACUAAUGCAUGUGAAAUAUCAUGGCCUAAAAGAAGAAAGUUGAAUUGCUUCUCGGAUAGAAUCCUUACUACUCCAAGAAUAAGGUUUCAUCAGCUUCAAUAUACUCAGGAAGACACUUGCUGUAGUAGCAAGCGAAGUUCACAAAUUACUCCAUUCGAGGAAAUGCAGAUCUCACCAUCUCCCUCUGGAACCUUGUUGAACAGUGAUACAGCAGAUGCUGACUGGAGGAGCCAUUCAGAAGUUUAUCAUCAAAGCAAAAAACAAUGUGUGAGAGAGGAUAUCUUAUGCUUGAAAAAUAAAGACCAAAUCAUGGAUGUUUCCUUGCCAAUUCAACACACAAAAGGUGUGCAUUCUUCCAAUUUGGCAGAUAGGAACUCUACGACCUGUGUAUUGAAUGAAAUUGGUGGCUUUGAAUUUACUCUUUCUCAAUUAAAAGAACCUGGCACUUUUGGAGAUGAUUCUGAUAAGAGAUUGAAUCAUGUGGUAUCUAAAGGUUAUUGUUAUGAUAUACAGUCUAUAGAGGAGAAGGAAGUUUUUGAUGCAGAGAAAAGUUUGAGCACAUAUGGUGCAUCUUUAUUGCCAAAUUAUCAGGAUGAUGUUGUGGAUUGUGAUGACUCCAUGCCGGAGUUUGAGGGUUUUAGCGUUGGCGUAUCUCCUAUUAAGAGAAAUGAUAUCUGCUAUGAUUCUAAUUACCUAUAUUUUAGGGAGGAACAUGUUUCUUUGGAUUCAAAGCAAGGCUGUUCCACAGACUUGGUUACGCCCAAGACUCGUCCUUUCGAAAACUAUAAAAUCAACAAAAUUGCUGAUGUUUUUCAGUCAUUACCUAAUGGCCUCUUGGAGCAGAUGAACUUAAAUUAUUCCCUCUCUGGUGAUUAUUCAGGACAAUAUAGGACAAGUGAACAUGAUAAAAUGUCUGGUCUUUGCUGUAGCUUGGGAUCUGUUUUUGACUGUUCGUUUGAUGAAAGGUCUUAUUCUCAUAGCACACCUUCUGGUGCUAGAUUUGGGUGGGCAGCUCAUAAAGCUCCUUUGACUCCUCCAAUAGAAAAGUCCAGCUUGAGAAAGAUUUCAGGAAAAAGUGGUGCCAGUUCACAGACAGUGGGAACUAACCCUGAACUUGUGUGCUUCCGAAUUGAUGAAAAUUCUAGCACCAUGGAAGACAUUCUUGAUAAAUCAGGCACCUCCAAAGAGGGUACUCGCUCAAGAGGUUUUAAAGUUCUGGAUAAUAGGGAACCACUUAAAGAUGUCACUUCAAAAUAUGAAAAUGCACCAACUUUGGUCCCUCCUACCAAGAUGCUUCUUGAUAGACGUGAUCUAGAAUUGGGAUGUGCUUAUACUGUCGAUACAGAUCAGAUAGGAGAUAAGGAGAACCAAUGUCCUUCAAUAAAUGGAAACAAAGAAGGGAAAGCGGUUAAAUUUUUAUGUAGCAGGUCUAGUAAGCCAGAAAUAAAUGUGAAAACAGUUGAUGGAAAUAGAAGCCAAGCAAGCACCCGAAAAGGAUGUAAGCCUAACAAUAUCAUCUCCAACAUAUCUUCUUUCAUCCCAAUGGUCCGGAAAAAGCAGCAAGCAACAGCCACUAAAGGUAAGAAAGACAUCAAAGUAAAAGCACUAGAGGCAGCUGAGGCUGCAAAACGUCUUGAAGAAAAGAAACAAAAUGCACGUGAGAUGCGGAAAGCAGCAUCAAAGCUUGAGCGUGAAAGAUUAGAGCAGGAGAAACAACUCAAGCAAAAACAGUUGGAGGAGGAAAAAAGAAGGAAGGCAGCAGAUAUUGCUGCUAGGAAGAGACAGAGAGAAGAAGAAGAAAGGAAAGAGAAAGAAAGAAAACGAAGAUGCAUUGAAGAAGCUCGGAAAUUGCACAGAGAACAAGAGGAAAGGUUGCAAGCAAAAAAAGAGGAUAAAGGGCUUCUAUCCAAAGAUGUUGAUGAUGAUGGAAGGAAAAAAGGUCUUGUGCAAGAGGCAAAGCAGCAACUGAAACUAGAAAAAGGAGGGGUAGUUGCUGGGUCUAGAAAAGCAGAGGAAGUGGAACCAGGUGCCACCAAGGUGGUAAUCAGCUCAGAUGGUAUGAAAGGAAUAGUUCAAGAUAGGAUGCCUACCACUAAAGACAAUCAAGAUUUUCAAUCAUAUGAGAUAUCUCCAUACAAAGACUCUGAUGAUGAGGAUGGGGAGGAUGAAAACAUGCGCAGAAGAAAGUACAUUCCUUCCUGGACUAGAAGAGAGUGCUUGGACCAACUUCUGCUAUCACAGCAACAUCAAGAUCCAUCAGAGAUUUUUUGCCGUAAGAGUUCAUUCAACCUAAGUGACGUUCUAUACCUUUCUGUUCUACGGCGGCAGCCAUUGUGACAUUGUAUGAUCUCGCUUGAUUCAGACAGUGUUGGAUAUGAAGCAGUUCCUCGAUGGUUUGCUUGUUCUACCAUUAUGUACUCAUUCAUGUAAGCUUCACAAAGAAGUAUUGGAUUCUUUCCCCCUCCACAUUGUAGUAGGAUGUUGUUCCUAAAUUUCAAGUAUAAGAAGGGAACAUUAUACAAAAUCAAAGAACAUGUUUUUUGUGGUAUAUAAUCCAAAUUGGAGUUGCACUGUUGUUUCAU